UGGCCUGCCUCCUUAACAGCCAGCUCUCCAGGCCUGACAAUGACAGAUGAAGGACCCCAGCAGCCCUAGAGAGACUCCGUCAACAGAGGAGUGUGCCUGCUCACCUCCCCCUGGGCUUCCUCUUGGGCUCUCUCUUUAUUUUCUCAAAAAAAAAAAAAAAAAAAAAAGGAAAGAAAAGAAAGAAACCAGAUGAAAGAACUUUCUAGAUUAAAGGACACCAAAGAGCCACAACAGCUAAACACAAAGCCUGAUGUUUGUUUGGAUUCUGGAUUGGAAACAGCCAAUGAAUUGGAUAUAAAAACCAUAAUUGGGGCAACAGGGGAAAUGUCUACAUUAAAUAGUUUUACUGUAUGCAAGAUACAAUAUUGUGUUCAUGUUCUUGUCCCAGCCAAGUCUGACAAGCCCCCAGGGACUUGGAUAGUUAAGAUAUUUAGCAGGCUGUCAGAGCCUUAAGAAAGUUCUCAGCCCAGGACUGAGGUAGGGGUUACUUGGGGCUGAGGGGAUUAGCAAACGCUUGUGAAGUGGCUAAAGCCGUGACCUGGAUAAUUCAGGACUCAAAUCCACCCGUAUUGGAAUUCUCUGGGUGACUGCCCAGUCCCUUGGCAGGCCAGCCAGCCACAGGGCCCGACUGUGCAGGACUUCCUGCCUCUGCAAAGGCAGUCAGGGGCUGAGCAGGGUUCCACCCGGCUGGCUCCAGGCAGAAGUUUUCCCUCGCCACCUCCAGGAUUGUCCUCAUCAUCGCUCACCCCUAUUCUCAGCUUAAGAUUCUGGAGGCCAAGAAUUGACUCCCCUGGAUCCAUGGUCUGUGGACCCCCAUGUUCUGACUGGAGAUGGGGAGCCAGUGAGACCUGGGGCUUCAGGGUCCGCCCAAGGAGGUUGCUCAUGGCGGCAGACCUCUGGAGCAGGAUUUGAGGCCAAGCCAAAGAGAACCCCAGAGAUGAAGGGCCUCCUCCCACUGGCUUGGUUCCUGGCUUGUAGUGUGCCUGCUGUGCAAGGGGGCUUGCUGGACCUAAAAUCCAUGAUCGAAAAGGUGACAGGGAAGGACGCCCUGAAGAACUAUGGCUUCUACGGCUGUUACUGUGGCUGGGGCGGCCAAGGGACCCCCAAGGAUGGCACCGAUUGGUGCUGUUGGGUGCAUGACCACUGCUAUGGGCGGCUGGAGGAGAAGGGCUGCAACAUUUGGACACAGUCCUACAAAUACAGAUUCGCAUGGGGCCUGGUCACCUGCGAGCCGGGGCCCUUCUGUCGUGUGCAGCUCUGUGCCUGUGACCGGAAGCUCGUCUACUGCCUCAGGAGAAACCUACGGAGCUACAACCCGCGGUACCAAUACUUUCCCAACAUCCUCUGCUUCUAGGCAUCCCCAGCGAGCUCCUUCCAGACCAAGCAUUUGCUCUGUUCUUCUGCAACGCAGAGUUCCUACUCUGCUGGGUUCCUGAGAGAGGCUCCUACAUUGCAGACCUCAAUCCUUCCUGAAGCUUCGAGGAUCCCCAGGGCCACGCCCUCCAGCGAGUCCCAGGAGAGUGACUCUAGUCGUAGGACUUGAUAGGGUCCCAGGGCCUCCACUUCUGAGGGCACCCCCUCUGGUGCCAAGAGCUCUCCCCCAACUCAGGGUUGGCUGUGUCUCUCUUCUCUGAAGACAGCAUCCUGGCUCCAGCUGGAGCACUUUCCUGAGAUGCACUUACUUCUCAGCUUCUGUAAGCGGAUUCUCACCACCACCCUCCAGAGAAUUUCUACACAAGAAGAGCCAAAUUGAAUCUCUAAAUCUGGUGCAUGGAUAUUAAAUAAAAUUCCUUCUCAUGGCUAAUAAAAACGGCAUUGGCAUUUUCCUCUGCUGUGGGGGAUCGCUGGUGCCUCUUUCUCUGCCACUAGGGCUAUAAACCUGAAGUUAUCCACCUUGUCUCAGAGACAGAAGGGAAGAUUAGUAAAUGCAGGGUUUUCUGGGUUGUUUCAGGCUUUCUUUUGGGCUCAUUUCCUUAAACCUUGGGGUCCUCUCCAGCCCAGUGUUGGGUCUCAUUCUUCCUUGAUGGGGUGGAGGAAAGAUAACUGGUAAGUAUGACAGCUUCAGCUUUCAGGUCAGAGAGGGUGGCAUUCAAGUCCCAGCGUUGGCUCCUCCAGCUGUGUGGUCUUGGGCUCGUUACUGAACCUCUCUGACGUUCAGUCUCUUUGAGAAAGAAACUGUCUUGUUCCUUGCAAUGUAAAAGGAGGCUUCUAAAGCUCACCUUGAUGCUGAUAUGGGGGAUGCUGAUGUUCUGGCAUUUCACACAGCAGGAAUUUUUUAAAAAUAGCUAUCAGUUAUGGGUUUAUUUCCUUUUUUUUUUUGCAAAGUAAGGACAUUAAAAAAAAACAUCUAUCAAUUCAUAAAAGAACGGGUGUUUUGCUACCAAGCCUGCAGGAAGAAAGGAUGUAUCCAAAACAAAGGAGCAUCCUUCCAAGAAAGGACCUAUGGCUUCUUUAUUCUGACAUACCCCAAACUAACCACAUGAUAAACAGGAUCUAUGUUUAAAAAGCUCUAGUGUUGAAUGUUUUCAAAAUAAAAUUGAUUUUAUGAGA